AUGUCCAACGCCGCGGCCUCUCUCUGGUCCUAUGUCCCCGGCGCCUCCCAUACCCGCCGACGUUCGUCCCUUCCCAAACACACAGGGCCCUCCUCAUCCUCGUCGACUCCCUGGGACCCAUUCGAGAAAUCCGACCGGCACAGCGCUGGCGGCGUGCAAUCGAGCACGCUGGACAACAUAAAGGCCGCCUGGAUGACCCAGUCGAGGCAAUCGCGCUACCUCAAGGCUGGCGGCGUAUUUACAUUCAUUGUACUCAUAUACUGGUUUUUAUCUUCACCAUCAACAGUGGGCUAUGCGGGCGGGAACAAUGUAUACACAAAGGAGAGCAGCCCGACGACGAAAUGUACGAAACCACACGACCCCAGCAAACCGCUGGUGCAAUACGCCAUCAUGAUCGACGCCGGCAGCACCGGCAGCAGAAUCCACGUCUACAAAUUCAACAACUGCGGCGCCACUCCCGAACUCGAGUCUGAAGAGUUCAAAAUGACCGAGAAGAAGCCCGGCGGAUCUGGUCUCUCCUCCUACGGCUCUGACGCCGACGGCGCAGCCAAAUCCCUUGACGUCCUCCUCCAAAUCGCCCUCGAAACCGUCCCGGACUCCUACAAAUCCUGCACCCCCAUCGCCGUCAAAGCCACCGCGGGCCUCCGCCUUUUAGGCGAGAUCGAGAGCACCAAUAUCCUCGACGCUGUCCGCACCCGCCUUGAGACCCAAUUCCCCUUCCCCGUCGUAUCCCGCGCAAAGGGAGGCGUCGAAAUCAUGAAAGGUGAGGACGAAGGUGUCUUCGCCUGGAUCACCACAAACUACCUGCUCGGCAAAAUCGGCGGGCCAGACAAAACGCCCACCGCAGCCGUUUUCGACUUAGGCGGCGGCAGCACACAGAUCGUAUUCCAGCCCACCUUUCCCAACGCAAAAGCCGGCGGUAUGCCCUCCACCUCCCAAAUGGCCGACGGCGACCAUAAGUACCGUCUCACAUUCGGCGGCCGCGACUUCGAGCUCUACCAACACUCUCACUUAGGCUACGGCCUCAUGUCCGCCCGCGACGCCCUACACGCGCUCGUCGUCGAUAAGGCAAAAGUCACUUCCCUCGACUCUCCUAUCUCCAAUCCCUGCAUCACCCCGGGAGAGACUAAGACCAUCAAAGUCAAGUUCCCCUCAACGCACGCCUCGUUUGCGGGCGAACACAAGGUCACCUUCACAGGACCAUCUGACGCCCUCCCCGCACAAUGCCGCGCCUUGGCCGAGGAGAUCCUGCACAAAGACGCCGCAUGCGCGAUAGCGCCAUGCUCAUUCAAUGGCGUUCAUCAACCCUCUUUGGCACAAACAUUUGCUCGAGAAGAUGUCUUUAUAUUCAGCUACUUCUACGACCGCACCGCCGAACUCGGCAUGCCUGAAUCAUUCACGCUGCGCGAACUGCACGACCUCACAGCCAAAGUCUGUGGCGGGCCGAAAGCGGGUUGGUCUGCCUUUGAAGGUAUCGAGGGUGCGAUUAUGGAGUUGGAGGGGAGGGCGGAGAGUUGUCUCGACCUGAGCUUCAUGAGCGCCCUCCUCCACACAGGCUACGACAUGCCGCUUGAUCGGGAGGUGCGAAUAGCGAAGAAGAUCAAGGGGAAUGAGUUGGGUUGGUGUCUGGGCGCGAGUUUGCCCUUGUUAGAAACCGGAAGCGGGUGGAGUUGUAAGGUCAAGGAGAUCUCGUAG